UUAGCGACUGUCUCCACCUUGGUCGCCAUGGUGACGGGAGGGCGUAACUCGGGGCGACGGAAACACAAAGAAGUGUUCCUGGGAGAAAACAGCAAGUUCAAGUUCGGAGGGAGGAUUGACUACAAACUGAAGCGACAGGACAGCACCAAAACUCUGCUCAUCAAAACAGAGCAACUCCUGAGGAUCGAAGAGCACGACUUCGCCAUGAGACCUGGGUUUGGAGCUUCUGCGAUCCCUGUGGGCAUCGAUGUUCAGGUGGAGAGCAUCGACAGCAUCUCUGAGGUCAACAUGGACUUCACCAUGACCCUGUACCUGCGUCACUACUGGAAGGACGAGCGCCUGUCGUUUCCAUCCCAUAAUAACCAGAGCAGGACCUUUGACUCUAGGCUCGUCAAGAAGAUCUGGGUUCCCGAUGUCUUCUUCGUCCACUCCAAACGCUCCUUCAUCCACGACACCACCAUGGAAAACAUCAUGCUCCGAGUGUAUCCUGACGGAAACAUCCUCUACAGCGUCAGAGUCACAGUGACUGCGCUCUGCUCCAUGGACUUCAGCAGGUUUCCUCUAGACACUCAGAACUGUUCUCUGGAGCUGGAGAGCUACGCGUACAACGAGAACGACCUAAUGCUCUACUGGAAAAAUGGAAACGACUCCCUCAGAACAGACGAGAUGGCUCUGUCUCAGUUCUUCAUCGAGCACUUCCAGGCCUCCAGCGGACUGGCCUUCUACAGCAGCACCGGUUGGUACAAUCGUCUGUUCAUAAGCUUCCUUUUGAGGAGGCACAUCUUCUUCUUCAUGCUGCAGACAUACUUCCCGACCAUGCUCAUGGUGGUGCUGUCCUGGGUGUCCUUCUGGAUCGACCGCAGGGCCGUGCCCGCGCGGGUAUCUCUAGGUAUCACCACUGUCCUCACCAUGUCCACCAUCAUCACUGGAGUCUCCUCCUCCAUGCCUCAGGUGUCGUAUGUGAAGGCCGUGGACAUAUAUCUGUGGGUGAGCUUCCUCUUCGUCUUCCUCUCUGUGAUCGAGUACGCAGCUGUAAACUACUGCACCACCCUUGAGGAGUGGAGGAAGAUGAAGAAGGGCAAGUUACCUUCGGGGUACGAUGCCAGUCAGGCCAUGGCGUUCGAUGGCUGUUUCCACGACAACGACAUGGAGCUGACUGCGUUCCCCAGACUCCCUGUGGGGUUGACCUCUGACCCCCUGGACCCUCUAGAUCCCCUGGACCCCCUGGUGUCCGCGGCCCACAGCCCUGUUCUCCGGGAGGCGUCGGAGGGCACGCGGCUCAGGAGACAGCGCUCGGUGAAAGAGAACGUGGAUCUGAUCGUCAGUAACAGUUAUCUGAUCGACUCAUACUCCAGACUGGCCUUUCCUCUGUCCUACCUGCUCUUCAACAUCGUCUACUGGAGCCUGUACUCAUGA